AUGCAGGAGCAACAAAAGAGUGGUUGGAAGCGAAUCAACAGUGGCGCGUAUUGGGAUGCAGAGCAAUGGGAUCCUGAUCAGCGUGUGUAUGUCGGCGCAGAAGCUGGGCUGAAGAACCACCUGCAGGCUGUUGAUCCAUCCAACGACGCGGCUGAUAUUUGGCGAGUGUGGGCAGGUGGCUUGACAAGUGUGGUUUUGGGCUGCAGUGAAGCAGCUGGACCGCCGAUUGACUUGAAGAUGCGGGAUCCGAAUGACAAGACGAAGCUGCAGGACUUGUACGAGCUCCUUGACGAGUCUGUUGGUUCUGGCAGCUUUGGCAUUGUGAGACGGUGUAAGCACAGAGGCACAGGUUUGGAGUGUGUGAUCAAGACAGUUCGAAAAGAUGCAGCAGGAGAACGGUAUCGGGCACUCCUCGUCGACCGGUGUUUGGGUGAGAAGUUGCUUCGCAUGUCCAAGGAGGCAAAACACCCCAACAUUGCAGUGUACCUCGACAUGCUGGAGGGUGCCAAGAACUUCUACGUCAUCAUGGAGGAGUUGACUGGUGCCGAACUGAUGGAUCAAGUGGAGGAGCUGUUUCCGAUGACAGAGGCCUACCUGCAACAUGUCAUGAUCGAGAUUCUGCAAGCAUUAGCGCAUCUUCAUCGUGUCGUGGGCUUGCUUCACAGAGAUGUCAAGCUCUCCAAUUUCCGUUUUCGAAGCAAGGCUGAAGACUCUCGCCUUGCGUUGCUCGACUUUGGCUUCGCAAUGAGCGUGGGUGAGGAGUGGGAUGGCGCAGUCUGUGGGACCCUGAUGUUCAUGGCACCAGAGGUUGUAGGCGCCAAAGCUGCAGCACCUCACCUGGCUGCCAUGGACCUGUGGGCCGCAGGUGUGAUCCUGUAUGUGCUGCUCACAGGAGACUCGCCUGCCAAUGAGGAAGAGGUGCGCAGGCUUGGCCGCGGAGGCAGCGAAGCCGAUGAGGUUCUACGCAAAGCGCUGGCAGCAAAAGAGCUGAAGGAAGCCUCGGCUGAGUCGCUCGCGCUGCUGCAGCAGCUUUUGGUACUGGACCCAGCAAAGCGAGCGACAGCGGAACAAGCCCUGCAUCACCAGUGGUUCUCUACUGACGGCGAGAAGCACAAAGUGAACGUGCCAACUUCCAAGUAUCGCCUCACUCGGUCUGCCAGCAGGAACUCUGAGGUCCUCACUCCCAAAGCCUGGAGCCAAACCGGAGAAAGAGUGGCCAGAAAGUUGGAACUACCCCAGUCCUUCACGCCACUUGAGCGGAUUGUGUCUGAAGGGGUGGACGAGAUUAAAGACUAG